UAUCUCUGCUCUCCAAAUAGCAUCAAAGCAGCCUUGGGACCGUGGGGGGGCACCCCAGGGCCCCAGCUUCAGCCCUCCCCUGCUGGAGCCUCUCCUGGGUACUGAGAUAUGGAAUGGGUGUAGAAAAGGGCUCAGGGCGUUGUGUGGGCAAUGUGUGAGGUGCAGGCAGUGCAUUGAGAUGCUGAACGUCAAAAGGGAUGUGAGGUCCCUGGAUGAGUAAGGGGUGUACAGUGAGGCUGAGGGGGCUGGAAUGGGGCUGGGACCUCCCCUUGCAGCCCCUGGGCAUGGUGGUGGUGUGGGACACCUGAGGAGGUGCUGAUGUGACACCGUGGAGUCAUUGAGCAUUCAGGGGCAUCUCAGUUUUUCAGGUCUCCCGAAGUUUUGCUGUGUCCCUGGAAUAGGGGCACUCUGGAGCUGAAGGGGUGGCUCUGUCAGGGAGCAGUUCAGUUCCUCUCAAAAACAAGUGCAUGUCCUUGCUCCGAGGCCAUGUGUUCGGGGCUGCUGCUCCAUUAGGAUAACAGCAGUGCAGAGCUGGAAAUCGCUGAGCUGGGAAGAGCUGUGCCUUGCUGCUGCAUUGCCAGGGCAGCAAUCUGGGAAGGAGAUGCUCAGCCGCUGCCUUCCCGUGGCCCCUCCAUACCCUGUCCCAUUGCAGGUGAGAUGUGCUGUGCUGUGCUCAGUCUGAUUGGAGAGGAUCCAUCCAGAUCCAUCCUGGGGGGUGUGGGCAGGAGCAGUGCAGCCAUUCCCAGGCACAGGUAGGGCUGAGCACCACAGGGCUGUGCUGCAGUUCCCCGUGUGCCCUCAGCACCACAGUGAGUGGGUGACUUCCCCCCUCACCAAACUGUUGCGACAGCAAAGAGGAGCAAGGUCAGCAUCCCCGCAGCAGAGUGCAGGAGCUGACGUCAAAGGAAGCAGCUGUGAUUCACAGCUUUUGGGGAGCGCUCAGCGCUGGGGCUGUAACUCAUUCCACAGAUGUCAUUUCAGCCUUGAACGUUAUCGCUGCUGUUGCUCCACCCCCAGGGAGAUGUGGGGCUGCCCCCUCAGUGCAGCAGAUCGUGGCUGGGACCCCCACCCCACAGCCUCCCUAUGCACCUUGCAGCCCUGCUCUGCAUGCACAGCCCUCAGCUGCAGCUCCACGCAAGCUGGCUACAAAAUUCUCUCAGCCUCAUAACGUGCACAGAGCAUCCACGUGCAAUUCCCCACGUGCCGUGCAGCAGCACAGGGGGACAGCAGAGUUUGCCCCACGUAUCUGGGCAGCAGCAGCUGCAUAAGGAUGUGCGCAUGCUCUGCUGCUGACACCCACAGUGACCCACAGCCCCCAGCAGAUGCACGGGGAGAUGGGGCUGCCCUUGGCCCGUGGGGCACUGCCGUAAGUGAUGGCCCUUAUCUCGGUGCUGACAAGCCAGCAUCCUUCAGCUGGUGGAUUUAAGGCUGAGCCUUGGGGCUGAGGCACAGCAGUAUUUGCAGCAGUCACCAGAACUGAGCUCCCCUGCGCUGCAGAGAUGCUGCCUGCCACCUUCAAGCUGUGUGCUGCCAUCUCCUACCAACACCUGCGCAACGUGACUGGGCUGCGCAGACAAGCUGCAGUGGCCAUCAGCCAGGAGCUCAGCAAGCUGUCGUGCCGCAGCGCGGGGCCCAGCACGUGGAUCAGCCAGGUCCGCAGGCGAAGCUCUCUGCUCAGCUCCAGGCUGGAGGAGAAGCCCUUCAGCGAGAUGGAGAUGUCCUACAUCAAACAAGGAGAGGAAGCCCUCCAGAAAUCACUCAGCAUCCUCGGGGAUCAGGAAGGCUGGAAGACGGAGACGGUGGUGGACAACGGAGACAAAGUGCUGAGCAAAGUGCUGCCGGACGUGGGCAAGGUGUUCCGUCUGGAGGUGGUGGUGGAUCAGCCCCUGGAUGCUGUGUACAGUGAGCUGGUGGACAACAUGGAGCAGAUGGGCGACUGGAAUCCCAGCGUCAAAGAGGUGAAGAUCCUCCAGAAGGUUGGGAAGGACACCCUGAUAACCCACGAGACAGCAGCUGCUGUACCUGGGAACAUCGUCGGACCGCGGGACUUUGUGAGUGUGAGGUGCUCCCGGCGCCGCGGCUCCACCUGCGUGCUGGCAGGGAUGUCCACCAAGCACGGAGCCAUGCCCGAGCAGCCGGGAUUUAUCAGAGCUGAGAACGGCCCCACAUGCAUGGUGCUGCGCCCGCUGGCUGGCAGCCCCUCGCAGACCAAGUUAACGUGGCUUCUUAGCAUUGACCUGAAGGGCUGGCUGCCAAAGACCAUCAUCAAUCAAGUCCUGUCCCAGACCCAGGUGGACUUUGCCAAGCACCUCCGGCAGCGCAUGGUGCGGGCUGCUGAGUGCAAAGACUGCUACUGAGUGCUUUGUUCAGGGCUAACAGUAGGGAUCUUGUCCUUAGGUAAGUCAGAUACAACUCAAUUCCGGCCUGUGCUAACAAGAAGGGCCUUUAAUAGUAGGCUGUACUAAUAAAGCUUAACUAAUUAGCCAGGAGCCUGAUUCAGAAGGCAGUGCCAGCAGCUUCUGUGUGUGCAAGCAAAUGCCAUACCUGAAGGGGCAUGUUGCUGGGACCUCCCAGCUAAUUACUUGAAGCUUUAUUAGUCUACAGUAAAAAGGCCUUGGCUAAUUAGUUAUUAGGGAAGAGUCCCAGGAGCCUCAUUCAGAAGGCAGGGCCAGCCAGUGCUGCAGAACACAAGACUUAACCUCAAACGCAUUCCCCUCCUUUCCCCUAGUGAAGCAGCUCUAAGUUAUUUGAUGUAAUUUUGCAUGCCUGUACAGGAAGAUUAUUUAUUCAAAGUUCUGCAAUGAUUAUCAUUAGCAGGAGUCCCUGGGAAACUUGUCAUGGCUUUCGUAGACACAGAUAGCUUCAGCUUUAAAGUAGGUGCUUUAAGUCUGCAGGUUAUGAAGGGGAACUACGAUACUUAAAACAAAAAUCACAAGACAAAAACAAUGUGAAAGUUUAAAAGAAGAGUUUAUGUUUAAACUGGCUGCCAGUUUAUGUAAAAAAAAACCAAAAAACAAAAAAAUACAGUUUGGGCAGAAGCCCAAAUUUCAGUCUUACAUGCAGUAGUCUUGUUACAACACAAUCCUUCUGGAUGGAAACUGUUCACAUUUAGCCAAGCACAGCUAAGCAGAAGUGUCAGAGUUGCUUCUGCAGGUAUGGAUACAGCAGGUGGGUCCAACCACACACCUGGUCCCACUGAACGAUGACUGUUAUGAGCCCUGAAUGUCAGAUGGGAAGUUAUCUCAACACAAUCAUUGCUUCUUCAGCUAGCUACACUGUGAGUUACUGAAGACUCCAAGAGAUGCUCACAAAUAGCACAAUACACAUUAGAACAGCAUUUACUUGGACUCAGCACAGUGGCAGUGCAUCAAUCUUCAGCAAGGACCACACGUACGCUGCACCUGCUGCCAAGAGCUGCAUUGGCUUCAUGGUGUUUGUUCGUUGACGGAUUGUUCUGAGUGAUGCACGUUCCUCCAGAAUAAAAUCCACCUGAUUUGA